CUCAGCGGAGUCCCGAAUGACAGAAGAGAGCGUAAAAAGUGGACAAGUGAAUAUUUUAGUUUACUGUGCAGGCGCGAAUAAUUAAAACGGAAUUGAUAUUGUAUGGUUUGGAAGAGCUGGUUCGCUGUCGCUCAUACAACAGAUAUGAAUUUAAUUAUUCAUUUGAAUGCAACUGCGCAAGAGUGUUAGUUUUCUCGCUCUUCGAACCGCUUGAUCGUUAGAUCACUGAAAUGUGAAGUGACAUCAUAGCUGGACGGUAUCUGUGUGGAAAUGAGAUGUCAAUUCAAACCUAUCAAAACAUUGUGGUGGAGUGUGUUUACUGAAGUGAUCGCGGAAGAAAUAAUAUGUGGAUAAUUGCCUGGACUGUCUGUGUUUACUUAUUAUCACUGACCGUUACAUCAUCCGAUUUCCGACCACUGGUAAGAUCACGCGAUGUGCAGGAAUCAAACCGAGCGCCAGAUUCGAUCCCGUCGGAUUUUGUGUUUCCCAAUGAGUUGGUACCGAGGAUAGAUGAGGAAGAAUGUCGUCCGGAAUUUCCAAUAUGUACAAACAUUUCGGAUUACCCGCAGCAGUUAGUGAACGAAAUAAUCGCACGCCAUGAGCAACGUUUUGCCGAGGUUUUUGGAAAUGAUGUAGUAGUUGACACUGGGGACGAAUUGUAUCAACGAUUUGAUACUUCGGAUGAUGAGCCCCUCUGCACGAGUGAGGAAAGAUUAGUUCAACCCCAGAGUGGUUACACCAUGGACAAAAAGUUGGUAAUGAUCGUCAAUACUCCCAAUUACACGCAGGGUGUGAAGAUAGAAAUUUGUCAUCAUCCAGAGGAGCCAUGUAGAAAAUUGGAUCAUCUUACAUCGUUAUUCAGCACCAAGUGUAAACAACUGUACCACUACCGAACGUUGCUAGCCAUCAAUCCGGUUACCAAGCAGCCUUACAAAGAAUCGUUUCGGUUACCAUCUUGCUGCAAAUGUGUAAUACGACCAUUGCACGCGCGGCUGAGGAAACGACGGGGACUCUGAAAACCAUGAGCAACGUGUGAAACAUAUAUUGACGAAUAAAUAGAUAUAUUAAACCAAUGAAAUAAAAAUUUGAAUCUUGUCAUAAAAUUUAUGUGUAAGAUUUGUUAGAGCUACUGGUGUUUUUAUUGCAGGGCAUCAGAAUGACUAUAAACCGUUUGCAAAGGAGCGGUAUGAUGAAAUUGUACAUAUUGUUUGUGUACCUUAUAUCGAUGGAUAAAAUGUUAUCAAUAUAUUUCGAAUGUA